UCAUGAGACGUCUGUUUUCAUGACCACACCGCAAACCCAAGUCCUGACGUCUGAAUCUAGGGAUGAGGUCCUUCCAUCCUGAGCUGCUGCUGCUCUUCAGCCUGAUCAGCCUCCACUCUGGGCUGCAGUUUGCAUCAUCAUCAUCAUCGUCUUUCUCCCGGGUUCCUUUCCUCAGCGUGUGGAACGCCCCGACCGCCAGCUGCCUCUCUCAGUAUGGCGUCGACCUCGACCUGGGGACGUUCAGCAUCGUCCAGAACCAGAACCAGACGUUCAUGGGGGACAACAUGACCAUCUUCUACGCUGAGAAGCUCGGUCUGUAUCCACGGUACUCCAGCCAGGGGAACCCUAUCAACGGUGGGGUGCCCCAGAACAGCAGCCUGAGCGAACACCUCAGAGCUGCCACUGCAGACAUCCACACCUACAUCCCCGACCGGGCCUUCCAGGGCCUGGCGGUGGUGGACUGGGAGAGCUGGAGGCCUGUGUGGGAGAGAAACUGGGACAGUAAGCAGGUGUACUGGGAGGCGUCGAGAGCACUGGUGAGGUCCAGGCAUCCGGACUGGAGCCCAGCGCAGGUAGACGCUGCAGCACGAAAAGAGUUUGAAGAAGCUGGGAGACGAUUCAUGGAGGAAACUCUGAAACUGGGGCAGCAGGAGAGACCAGAUGGUUUGUGGGGUUAUUACGGUUUCCCCAACUGCUACAACUACUACAGUGACAAGAGCGCUAACUACACGGGGGAGUGUCCGGCUGUGGAGCUGAAGAGGAACGACGAGCUCCUCUGGCUGUGGAGCGCCUCCUCCGCUCUGUUUCCUGACAUCUACCUGAGCAUGGAGAUGCGAGGCCUCCACAGAGAGGUGCUGCUCUACGUCCACCAUCGCAUCCUGGAGGCCAUGAGGGCAGGAGCUCAGGUGAGCACGUCAGCACCGCCUGUGUUGGCCUACGCUCGCAUCGUCUACACCUACACGCUACACUUCCUCUCUCAGGAGCAUCUGGUCUACACUCUGGGAGAGAGUGCUGCUUUGGGAUCUGCAGGAGUGGUGCUGUGGGGCGACCACGCCUUUUCCAAAUCUCAGGCUUCCUGUGAGGCCGUCAAGUCCUACCUGGACGACACUCUGGGUCCCUACCUGGUCAACGUGACGACGGCCACCGUGCUGUGCAGUCAGACCCUCUGUUCCUCUCAGGGUCGGUGCCAGAGGAAGAAUCCCAGCUCACGGGUCUACCUCCACCUGGACCCUGCUGUGUGGAAGAUAGCGUCUGAGAGGAGACCAGGAGGAAGGAAGAACUACAGAGUUCUAGGACGGAUGUGGGCUCGUGAUUUAAAGCGGAUGGAUGCUGACUUCCAGUGCAGGUGUUACCCUGGCUGGGCGGGGGAGAGCUGCUCCACGCCAGUUCAGGGAUGAAGCUUUUCUUCAAGGAGGUGAGCUUGUGACAGCGUGAGACUCAUGAAGAGCAGGAAGAUCUGCUGGGAGGAGCUGGGAAAUGAACAACUCUGUGAGGGAAUGUGGUCUCUGGUGAAUGGACGUCUUUGACCCGUGUGUCUGUGAACAUUCUCAGUCAUCCAGGUCCUGGUUCUUCUCCGAGUUUAGUCGUAGCAGCUGGACCUGCUUGAGUUCCUUGAAGACGUUCCACCUCUCAUCCAAGAGGCUUCAUCAGCUCUGACUGACUAGCUGGGAGAUCCAGAUAUCCUUUGACUCGUGUGUUUUAUGAAUGAAUUGCUUUUGAAUUUCUUUUUUUUUGUUGUUGAUAAUGUUGUAGAUUUUAAAAUAAAUCCCAAGUCGUGUGCAGGCUGCUUUCUACAUCGCCGUGAACUUCAAA